AUGUCGAGUAAGAAGAAAAAUAGGGAUAAAAUCCUUGAGAGACGUAAAAGACAGGUUGUUGGAAAGGAGGAGAGAUAUAGACAAGAAAGAGACAAAUCUGAUCCUGAAGAUGACCAGACAGAUCUCGAAGUUGAAUCACCAAUUCCUUUUCCAGUGGCAAUGUGGGACUUAGAACAUUGCGAUCCAAAAAAAUGUUCAGGAAGAAAGUUAUCGAGGCAUGGUCUUAUUAAAACGUUAAAAUUGAAUGCUAGGUUUCCAGGAUUAGUAUUAACCCCAGUGGGAACAAAAUGUGUUUCACCAACUGAUCGCGAAAUAGUAAAAGACAAUGGAUGUGCAGUUGUAGAUUGCAGUUGGGCAAAAUUAGAUGAUACGCCUUUCAGCCGAAUGAAAAGCCCAAAUCCACGGUUACUGCCAUUUCUAGUAGCAGCAAAUCCAAUUAAUUAUGGAAAACCAUGUCAAUUAAGUUGUGUGGAAGCUAUUGCAGCAACAUUAAUAAUAACCGGUUUCCCUGAAGAAGCUGAUUUCUAUCUUGGAAAAUUUUCAUGGGGUCAUGCGUUCAUAGAACUCAAUUCGGAAUUAUUAACUGCUUAUGCUGCAUGUAAAAACAGUGAAGACAUAAUCGCUGCGCAGGAUAAAUUUCUAGCUGACGCUAGACAAGAACGAUUGGACCGGUUAGCGAUGCCUGAUUUUCCUCCGAGUGAAGAAAGUGAAUCUGAUGAUGAAGAAAAAGAAGAUACAGUUGAAAAAAAUGAUGAAAUAAAUGAAAUAAACAAAUUAAAAAUAGACGAUAAAGAAGGCGGUACUUCUGAAAUAACAAAUAAUUAA